GUACUAAUUAUCGUCUAUUAACAUUUACUAGUGAAUUAAAUAAAAUAAUAUAUAAAUAAAAAUGAAUUUAGUAAAAUUUAUAACACAAAAAAUGUUCCCUAACGUACAAACCGUUCGUUUUCCAAUAAAUACCCUUUCAAAAGUUUGGUACGGUUCGAAUAAUCAUAAUAUUAGUACUGGUGGUGCAGCAUUAGAUAAAAGUAUUUUAGAUAAAUUAAAAGAACGUUUCCCGAAAGCCAGUGAUAUUAAAGUGACCGACAUUUCGGGAGGUUGUGGUGCAAUGUUUGAUAUUUAUGUGGAAUCCAGUGAUUUCAAAGGGUUAUCAAUUGUUAAACAACAUAGAAUUGUUAAUGAUUGUUUAAAAGAUCAAAUUAAAGAUAUGCAUGGUAUACGAAUUGUUACAUCAUCACCCAAGAAGUAAAAUUAAUAUACAUUAUAUAAUUUUUAAUUUAUUUAAAGUAACAAUUUUUGUUGA